ACUCUACAGUAGAUAACGGAGAUGAUUGUUCUUAUCAUCCCACAACCCACUCUUCUUGUCGCGCACAAUUUAUGACCAAUCUUGGUGACAUGCCACUUUCAUCCAAAGCGACAUAUUGGCCUAGUGCACUGUAUGUAAUCUCGACUUUGAUGGUUUUUGUUGUGAACGGCAGAGCUAUACGCUUGGAAUUGUUUUCCAAUUGAGCCAUUAUUAUCUGGAGGCUACCUGUUUGCAAAUCUACUCUGAGCAACUGUGUCGUUUCUUCUCAGUUUAUCUCAACAGUCGCGCCGUCGAGCACGUCUGCAGAAAUGGCUCCGGCCAGUGCAUUGCUAAUUGUGUUGAUUUGUACCGUAUGUGCCGUUGAAUCAGCCGAUCCGUUGCGGGUUCGCUUUGAUCCGCAGGAUUACACCAGCACCUUCGGGGAGUCAGCUGAUCUGUUUCUGUGGAUUGACGGAGUUGUGGAUCGGAAUGCCACCGUGAAGUUCAACACCGUUGAUGGAGUAAGUCCUGUUAGUGUAACGCCUGAACAGGUGUGGAUCUACGAAAGUGUGAAAUAUACUGAAACGCCGAUCAUCGUGUCUGCAAAGGGUCUCCGCCAGGGGAGAUUUAUAGUAAAGGCCGAUGUCGAGCCGGAAGGGAUCGCUGAUGAUCGCAGGCUUUUCGCUCGGCUGAAGGUCGCCUUAAACCAGCCAUUGAUCUACAUUUCACUGGUCAUCGGAUGGGCCUAUACGGCAUGUUGGUCACUGGGAUACUAUCCUCAGAUAAUUCCUAACCAUCAACGUAAAAGCGUAGUCGGAUUGAGUUUUGACUUUCUGCACAUUAACAUCAUUGGACACGUAUGCUACGCCUUCUUCAACUCCUUCAUGUACUGGAAUAACUUUAUUGAGCAAGAAUACUUCGAUCGUCAUCCACAUGGUCUAAAUCCAGUGAUUGGUAACGACGUUGGAUUCGCAGUACACGCAUCGGUUGCCACUGGGUACACAAUUCUGCAGUGUUACAUCUAUCAGAACAACGGGAAUACGGUUUCUCCCACCGCCAAGGUAAUCAUUGGGACGUACCUGGUGAUCAUAGCGAUAUCGGCUAGUCAGGCGGUGUUUGGAGCUAUCCAUUGGUUAGACUUUCUGUACAUCUUGAGCUAUAUUAAACUGUCGACGACACUGGUGAAGUAUUUUCCGCAAGCCUAUAUGAACUUCAAGCGGAAGAGCACCGAAGGUUUCUCUAUUCUGAAUCGUCUGCUGGACAUUGCUGGUGGGCUACUUGGAAUUAUUCAGAUGGUGAUAAACGCGUGGAAUUUUGAUGAUUGGCAAUCUAUUUGGGGAGAUCCUGUCAAGUUUGGAUUGGGACUAUUUUCAAUACUGUUCGACGUAGUUUUCAUAGUGCAACACUAUGUUUUAUACAGGAAACCAGUCGUGGAGGAGCCAGUAUACCAAAGUGGAAAACAAAUAACCCAACAGACGACCAAACUUUGAAUGUUAUUGUAUUUUGACAAAUAGUACAUUAUGUCUCGUAAUUUCAAGAGGAUGAUUUCCGGUACAACUAUUUCAUUGACAUGUUUAUAUGUCUUUGAGAACCAAAUAGCUGGAACUGGUAUAGUACUGUAUAUUACUAGAUGAUAAUUUGAUUAGGAAUUUUAACUAAGAAAUAUAUUCAAAUGUUUUAUAAGGCCUUUUCAAU